GGGGAGGAGGCGGAGGAGGAUGCCCCGAAGUUAUUUAUAAUGUCGGGCCGGCCGCGGGUGACGUAGCGAGCCGUCCGGGCAGUGGGAGCAGCGGUGGUCGCCCCGUCCCCUCGUUCGCCGGGCCUGCGCCGCCAUGGAGGGAGCCGGGCCGGCGCUGCGGCUGGAGCCGGACUCGGGCGGCGCGUGCUGAGGGCGGGAGAGCCGGCCGGAGCGCGACAAGGUCUCCGUUGUCUUGGCACACAUCGGGGAAGUCAGAUUGGUUCUGCUGCAGGCGGAAAUGCUGGGCUCGGUGCCCGUCUUGUUUCAGUGCUUGGGCUGAAACCGAAUACGUAGCUUUCUCACGAGACGCUGGGUCCCCUUGCCCCUGCUCUGGGGGCAAGGGGGGACUCUUGGAAGCGGGGAGCAUCCUGCCCAUCUGGAAGGGCCCUUGAUUUGGUGGGAGCUAAGCUGUUGGCUUUUUUCUUUCUUUUCCCCGGAGAUUGUUCCACCGUGACAGACGAUGCCAUGAACGUUAGCAGUGCGUCCCACUCACCGGCCCUUCGAACCGCACCUCAGGGAGUUUGAUAGGGAGGGCAGCGGCCACCGGGGGACUUGCCAUGGCUGGGAGUGGUUACACAGACCUAAGAGAGAAGCUCAAGUCAAUGAUGCCUUACCGGGACAGCUACAAGAGCAGCAGCAGGCGGGAUCCUGCAGAGCCCCCCUAUGGAGCUGGGGCGGGAGCGGCCGAGCGCAAGCGCAAGCACCGCAACAAUUCCGACUCAGAGCCCUCCGACUCCGAAGAGCCCCAGAGGGAGGAGGAGGAGGAGGAGGAGGCCCAGAAGGUCAAAAGCGGCAUCCGGCAGUUGCGCCUGUUCAGCCCUGAGGAAUGUGUCAAGAUCGAGGCGCGCAUUGACGAGGUGGUCUCCAGGGCUGAGAAGGGCCUCUAUAAAGAGCACACGGUGGACAGGGCCCCACUCCGGAAUAAGUACUUCUUUGGGGAGGGCUACACGUACGGGUCACAGCUGCAAAGGCGAGGCCCCGGCCAGGAGCGGCUGUACCCGCGUGGGGAAGUGGACACCAUUCCUGAGUGGGUUCACGGCCUGGUCAUUCGCAAGCUGGUGGAACACCGGGUCAUCCCCGAGGGCUUUGUGAACAGUGCGGUGAUCAAUGACUACCAGCCCGGAGGCUGCAUAGUCUCCCACGUGGACCCCAUCCACAUCUUUGAGAGGCCGAUUGUGUCCGUGUCGUUCUUCAGUGACUCAGCACUCUGCUUUGGCUGCAAGUUCCAGUUCAAGCCGAUCAGGGUCUCCGAGCCAGUCUUCUUCCUGCCUGUGAGAAGGGGGAGUGUCACUGUACUCAGUGGCUACGCAGCUGACGAAAUUACGCACUGCAUUCGACCACAGGACAUCAAGGAGAGGAGAGCAGUGAUCAUCCUUCGGAAAACCAGACUAGAUGCUCCCCGGCUGGAGACACGAUCCCUGAGCAGCUCCGUGUUGGUACCUGGCUACGCUUCGGACCGUCUGUCGGGGAGCAACAGGGACCCCAUCCUGAAGCCAAAGAGGUCCCAUCGCAAAGCAGACCCUGAUGCAGCUCAUCGACCUCGGAUUUUAGAGAUGGAUAAGGAGGAGAACAGGCGCUCGGUCCUUUUGCCGAAGCACCGGAGGCGGAGCCAUUUCAGCUCUGAGAACUAUUGGCGGAAGUCGCACGAGUACACAGAAGACUUUGGCGAGGAGGAGGAGGAGGAGGACGGGAGCCCAGCCCGGAAAGUGAAAAUGAGGCGGCAUUGAGGAGCCCUUCACCCCCUCCCCAGCUUCCCCGGUCUUAGAGGGGCGAGCCUGGCCUCCCGGCUGUGAAGUUGGAUCUUUUCCGUCCCCUUCCUCCUCGCCCCCCCAGUUAUUUCUCGUUUAUCCCCCCUCCUCUUCCUGCUUUAUCUCGAAAAGGAGCUGAAACAAAUCCGGCUCCUUCCUUCCCCUCUCGCUUCCUCCCUCCGCAUCCAUGCUGGCUAGGAUAUAUGUGGCACCGCCUGCCCGCUUUCGCUGGGCAAGUGGCUGUGCCUCGCAGCAGAGGCAGCUUUUUUUCCGUUUUUAAGAAGGGAAGAAAAAAAGCUACGUCGUUCCGUCAGGCGUUGGGCUGGAGCAGAUCUUGAAGAUGCCAAAAAGUGAUGGGUUUUGAGUUCGCCGAGGGGUUACCGACUUCCCUCUGCCUCGAUGCCGCCGCCACUUCCAAAGGCUCCCGACGCUGCGGCAUUUUCGCACCGCCACGGACAUGGCCAAGUCUCCCUCCUGCCCCCCCGCUCUGUAUUGCACCAAAGGGCUCCAGUUUCCAGUGCUGACUCUCGUGUGAAUUUUUCUCCCGCGGUGUUGAAAAAGCUGCUUUCCUCCAGCAACUGGAAGUCCAAGCCUCGCCGGCUCCUCUUUGCAACACCGGAUGGCAAAGCAUGUGGGACAUGUUGCACUUUAGCGUCAGGGUUUAUUCCACCCCCCCGCCCCGCCCCUGUUCUGUGUGUCCUGUUCGAUGCCAUAUCACUUCCCCCGCCCCUCACUCGCUUGGGCUAGCAAGCGCCCAUGUUUUCCUGCGCUGCUGCUGGGAGUUUAGUGUGUUUUCUUUCUGUGAAGGAUGCUCGGCGGCCCCACGCUAGGGCUGCUGCUCAAGGGCUCAUUGAGGGAGGGGGCGCUUGGCCAGAAGCCCCGGGUUCUGCUGAAUUCUUCACACUAACAGCACGGGGCACAACGCAUGGGCCGGAAUUCGAGCGCCCGUCUUGCCUGGGAGAAGGGGCCUUGCGUAGGUGCAAGUCUGUUUAUGGCAGAGGUUGCUCUGGAGGUUUUUCCUCCGUGCGUUGAGCCCCACCGAGUCACCUACUGAGUUUGGUCUCUUCCCUGCCCUCUCCAUGCCCAUAUUUUAGCAAAGAAUUCUACUAAUUCUGCUGUUGCUUCUGAUGCUUGAAGGUCAGCCUUGGGCUGCGGCUGCAGCUGCUGCCACCCUCUGAUCUUAAAGGCAGGUUGCCAGCUAUGACGGAGCAUCGAAAGGUGGCAGGAAUCAUCAGUGGAGCGGUUCUCAGCCGUCAGUUCUGUUGCGUCAGGCCGUUUCCUGGCGAAGAAGGCUGGAGCUGCCAAGUUAGUGCCACCUCGGAAACAGGAAGGCUUCCUUUGCCCCAGGCAGGAGGGGAGGUUAAGUGGCACAGCCAGUCCUCUUUUCCCCCCCCCCCUCUGAAGUGUUUCAUCAAUAGUCCUCGUGUCUGAGCCUGCCAACCCCACCUCCCCCAUCCUCGUUCAGUGAUUUUAUUGCCUGUUUUACCUGCAUGACAAGGUAACGUUGCCGCCAAAAAGUUAAACAGCGGGCCUCGCUUAGCCUCAGACCGUCAGAGUUGGGGGAUUAGGCCAGAACAGCACCCUUGCUCUUGAGGAGCAGCUCGGAUUUUCAUUGCCCCGUCCUACUCCAGAAGUGGAGAUACCUUUUUUUUUUUUGGCUUUUUGGCUAUGACCUGAAUACCUGCUGAUAAAUAUUC